AUGAUUGAGUCUUCGUGCCUGCUUCUAGUACACCGUCCAGGACUUCGCUCCAUACAGCAGCGUCAGCAGGAUGACCGCCAUGUACAUUUUCAGUUUGAUGUUGAACUGCAGACGAUGGCGAUACCAGACAGUGAUUUACAGACGGCGGAAGGCUUGGCUGGCUUUGGAUAUCCGGCAGGCCACUUCACCGUCGAUCGUAGUGGUGCGGGAGAGGGUGCUGCCCAGGUAGGUGAGGCUGUCCAAGACUUGCAGUUGGGCGCCGUUCAGGUUAAUUUAGGGUGCUAGCUAGGCAGCGUCGGGUGGCGGCUGAUGCAUAACCACCGUCUUCUCCGUGUUGAUGACCAGGCCGAUAUUGUUGCAGGCGACGACGAAGAGGUCCGUGUUCGUUUGCAUGUAACCUUACGAGGUGACGUUAAGAGUUCAUUCGUCGGCGAAGAGAAGUUAUUGAAGGACAGUUGUGGAUACACGCGACUGGAAAUGCACCUACCGCUGAUUGAGGAGGUGGUCAUCCAUCUUGUAGGCGAUGCGGAACCCAGGGCAUUCGUCACGAUGGGCGUCCAUAAACGUGGCAGAGAACAUGAGGUUAGGCGCAAGGAUGCAGCCCUGCUUCUCUCCGUUGAUCACUACGAAUGCAUCUGA